UGGAUAUGGUUUUUUGUUCGGCCAACUGUCGAAAAUGGACGACGUUUGGUGUUUCAUUAAGUUUGAUAUUAAUUGGAAUUGUUCUUGCUUUUCUCUGGAUUAGUAUUGUGCAGAAAAUAGUGAACCAUGAACUGUCUCUGGCAGACUCAAAGACCACUGGUUUCACAAUGUGGAAGGAGACUCCAAUACCUAUGUACUUAGCAUUUCGCUUUUUCAACUGGACUAAUUAUGAGGAAUACCAAAAGAAUCAUACAAUCAAACCGAAUUUCACUGAGUGUGGACCAUACACCUACAGUGAACACCACAUUAGAGAAAAUAUCACAUUCUUCGAUGAUUACACAAUCACAUAUUAUAACAGAAGGAUCUGGAAAUAUGCACCAGAGAGAUCGGUUGGCUCUCUGAAUGAUUUAAUCACCACUUUCAACCCCAUAUUAGCUACUGUGGCUAAUAUGGUGAAAUUCAAACAUAUCAUCGUUAGGGAAGGUGUUAAUUUCUUCCUACAGGAAAAGAAAACUCCUUUAGCGGUAACCAAAACUGUGAAUGAAUUUAUAUUCGAAGGUUACGAUGAUCCAAUGUUGGAUCUACUACAUCAACUUCAUAUAAAAGGAAUCAAUGUGCCUUUCACCAAAUUCGGAUGGUUUGUAGAUAGAAACAAUAGUGUUGAAUAUGAUGGAAUAUUCAAUAUGAAUAGUGGAGGCGAUGAUAUCGAAAAAUUAGGUAUAAUUAAUACUUGGAAUAAUAUGAGCGAAAUACCAUAUUGGAAGGGGCAGUGUCAAAAAGUAGUAGGAACAUCAGGAGAGCUAUGGUAUCCCCCAAGAGAUGCAAAAACAGUAGAGAUAUUUUCCAAUGAUCUUUGUAGUCCAGUGUCAUUGAGCCAUCAAGGAGAAUACACAGUUCAUGGUAUCGAAGGUCACAAAUAUGUGGGUUCAGAUCGAACGUUGGACAACGGUACAAAGUAUCCAGAAAUGUCUUGUUUUCUAACAGAUGGCGUUCAACAACGUGCCGGUGUUAGGAACGUCACACUCUGCAAGUUUGGAGCCCCAGCCCUGAUAUCCUUUCCGCAUUUCUACAAUGCGGAUCCGUAUUAUCUGCAGGAUAUAGAUGGGCUGAAGCCUGAUGCGAGUAAACAUGAAAUGUAUUUGUCCCUUGAACCGCGUACCGGAUUGCCUUUGAAGGUUCGAGCAGCGUUUCAACUGAAUUUGCAGGUUGAAGAAAUCGUCGGAAUAACGUUAUUAGAGAAGGUGGGUAAGAAAUUGAUGCCUGCAUUCUGGUUCGAACAAAGCGCAGAGUUGGACGAAGCCCUGACGUCCGAAGUCAAACUUUUGCUCGUACUACCCUCUGCAGGGCAGUACACCGGAUAUGGAAUGAUCACUAUCGGGGGGCUGUUGGCUGUUGUGGCGUCCCUCGUCACUUGGAGACAGGGAUGGAAGUCGACCGAGGAGGAGCACCUACUCAAUCAGAAUGCUCUCUGA